UAGACACCCAAACAUCUGGUUCACAAAACCUGAUCCCAGAGGGUUUCCAGAAAUUUCUUCAAGGCCUUCGACAAAGGUGUUCAGUAAGAAUUGGCUACAAAGAGAGUUCAGCAGCCCGUGUGUAAACUACCACAGCAGCACCAGAGAGCACAGCGGCUGUGAGAUUCUGUCACAAAGAUGGUCUCUCCUGCUAUCGCCCUGGCCUUCAUCCCCUUUCUGAUGACUCUCAUCAUUCGAUACCGCUACUACUUCCUGUUGUUCUGGCGGGCAGUAAUUCUCCGGAAGAUUCAGGACUACACGACUGGCCUGUCCAGGGAAGAGAGGGCCUUCCAGUAUGUGAUGACGCACAGCAUUCCUGGAGAUCCAGAGAACAUCCUCAGCACCUUCGACACAUGGUGCUAUCAUUCAGAAUACCUGAGCAAUGUUGGGCCAGAGAAAGGGAAGAUCCUGGAACGCUUGAUCUCUGAGAAUGUUCCCCUCACUCUGCUGGAACUGGGGACUUACUGUGGUUACUCAGCUGUCCGCAUGGCCAGGAACCUGUCCCUCAGUGCCAGGCUCUACACCGUGGAGAUGGACAAGGGGAAUGCAGCAGUGGCUGAGAAGAUAAUCCGUUUGGCAGGAUUCGACGAGGAUGCGGUGAGUAUCGCUGCUGAUUCAUCGCCAACUGCAAGGACACCCUUGGUUCCGGAUACCGUUUUAACCCGCCCGGACACCGGAAGCGCUGCACACGGGCACCGGAAUCGGAAGUGGUCCCAUUCCAGGUUCGCCGUGUCUCCGCUCCGGGUGCGGGUAUUCAGCGGCGGAACCGCUUGUGGCGGCCGCUAA